AUGGCCAAAACUCCAGCUUUCACCCCCAAGGCUCCCAUAGAAAAACUACCACUUGCUGUCCGGAAAGAUAUCCGGGACAACUUCGAGUCCAAGAAAGCCGACUUUGAGGCCCAGAUCACAAAACUGCUUGGCACGGACUUCAAGAUCAAUUACAACGUUGGUGCUAUCUGGGCGUACAAUCAAGACGAUCGCUCCUCUGCGGGAUACACUUUGUCUAGCUACACCGAAGGCUUCAUCUCGGCCCUCAAAUACUUCCUCGAUAAAUACGAAUCUGACGGCAAGGACUACUUCAACGCUGCCGUGACGCAGUCCGAGCUAAGCAUCGGCGUCAACACCCUUGGCGACAAAGCACCUUACAUCUCCUCUGAGAUCAAAGAGGGCGUCUUUUGGAUCCUUUUCAAGCCCGACUCCCUCGGGACCAACACGGGCUCGGUCGGAGACAGCCUCCUCUCUGUUGUCAAUAACGCACCGGGGUUUGUGUUCUCUCUCCAGGCGAAGCACUCCAUUGACGAGACCUGGGAGGAGGAAUACGAGGAUCUCACACAGGAGAUCGCAGAACUCACAGAGAUCCCUGAUGUGAAGCUCGACCCGAACUUUGAGGAGAACUUCAAGGCGUUGGACGUGCAGACGGACAAGGGUUGGUACACGAGCUUUGGAGCGGCCACAUUGGCGUACUUCAAGGAUGGGUUGAAGUACCAACUAGGCAGAGAUGGGUUUAAAGGCGACGAUAUGUUACAGGAAGGCUUACAGGAGGUGUUGACGGAAAAAGUGUUUGUACUGAGGGUUGUACCCAAGACGAAGAAGACGUACAACGAGAUCGUUCUGGAGAAUGGGACGCUCUAUCUGCAAGUAAGUACUUUCACCACUUCGUAG